AUGUGGGCUAGAAGAUUCGCCAGCGGUCAAGCCACCACAGUGACCUUUUUCGAAGUACAUUACAUAAAAAAUAAUAUAUCUCACAUGAAAAAAGAGAAUAACAGUUUAUCAGAAACGUUAGCAUUCAUUCCACAGAUUGGCGAUCCGAACUUGCUGAGUCACGUCCUAAAGAUGUUUGCAUCCGUAACAACCCAGCACACUGUGUACCUCUCCUCAAUUCCCUCUCAAGCAUUCCGGUCAGACGCGUCACCCGCGGCGGCGGGAACGACCGUGAACAUCAAACAGAUCCUCAACACCUCCAAGACUAGACACCACUCGCAUAAUAAGACAGUAAUUAUGUCAAGAAGACGUCUAAUCGAUACUGAAAUAGCCAGACUUCUAGGAGAAAUCACAGAUGAUCAAGCUGAGGAUUCGGAGCUGGAUGGUGAUUCUGACGCAGAAGAUUUUAUUUCUAGACAACCACUGAAUGAUGGCAUGAACCUGGCUUGCGAGGUUCGUUACGUCGGCGGUCUACGCGGUCGCAAUGCAGGACAACAAAAUUUGGCGGAGUAUUCCGAUGACGAUUUUGAAGAAAAUACUGACGAUCCCGAUUAUUCAAACUCUCCUAAGCCUAGCCGAAAAAUCCACAAUACUUCGUCUGAGGAAAAUUCUGGUGAUGAUUCUGGUGGCGGCGGGGAUCCUAAGUUAUACAGCACCUUGCACUUUUCAGAACCUGGUGCCGGGGCUAAAAAUGAUGUAGAUAUGAGCUCUCCUUUCAAAGUUCUUCAAACUUUCUGGACCCUUGACAUUUUUACUUUUAUUGUGACCCAGUCGAACCUGUAUGCUACUCAAAACGGUGUAGAUCUCAGCAUGAUUGUUGAUGAAUUGCGGGCUAUGCUUGGAAUGCUCAUAUUUAUGGGAUUCGAUGUUCUACCGACCUUCCGAUCUUAUUGGAGUAAAGACGACAACUUUCACGUGGAGAGGAUAGCUAGAGUGAUGAGUCAAAAACGAUUUUUGAAAUUACUCCGUUAUCUACAUCUAAAUGAUAACCUCGAGAUGUUACCGAGAACGGACCCUAAUUACGACCGCCUGUUCAAAAUGACGACUCGGGAUAGCGAUUUUGUUCAAUCGGGGGACAUAAGCAUUCGAAAGUGGCGAGAUCGCGGCAAAAAGUCGGUUGUCGUUGUCAGCUCUAUGCACAACCCUAGCAAGCAGAGAUCAGUUCUUCGAACAAAAAUGCGCGGUGAGAGGGAAUCGGUGAAUUGUCCCGAGUCUAUCGCUGACUACAACACCUUCAUGGGUGGAGUUGACAAAUUCGAUCAGCUUAUGUCGACUUACUCGAUUGCCCAGAAAUCUCGUCGGUGGUGGUUGAAACUAUUUUAUUAUUUCAUCGAUAUGGCGAUAGUAAAUAGUUACGUCAUGGACAAGGACUCGGCCAAAAAACAGCGUCGCCGUUAUUUGUCUCACCUCGAGUUUCGCUCUCAAUUGGUCAACGAAACGAUCAGUAGUUUCUGCAGCAGAAAACGCAAGGGCUAUUGUCCCGGAGCGGGAGUAGGCAGAAAAAACAUCAACCAGCUGGUUACCCUACCGUCCAAAAUGCAACUCGUUUGUCAAACGUCGGAGACCAUAUGCCCAAGCAGCAAGAGAAAUAUCGCAGAUGCGCGCACUGCAGUACGAAGGCGAAAGAAAAGAGAAGCAACAUGA